GAGGCGGAGAGGCGGCGGUGUCGGGUGAACGCGGAAGCUUUAUUCCCGGACCGAGCGGCUGCGGGAGCCGGCGGUGAGGAGUCCGGGCGGCCAGCGGCUCGCGAGGUCUUGCAGCCGAGGCAGCCCCGGAGUGGCGCUGGGCUCGCGCCGGGGUGCAGAGCCCGCCGGGGAAGGAGCAGUCCGAGUGGCCCUCCUUCCUUUGUGUCUGGAUUGGGGUCGCCCGACGGCCGGGCCGCACCUCGGCGCCCCGGGACUGCGAGGUCCGCCCGCGGGGGUGACACCUACUCCGCCCGGAGCUGCUGAGGCCCAGCUCAUGAUUAACAGCUUAGAGAGAGAAAAAUUUGAGGAGGAUGGAUGCAAAAGCUCGAAAUUGUUUACUUCAACACAGAAAAGCCCUGGAAAAGGACAUCAAAACAUCCUACAUCAUGGAUUGCAUGAUUAGCGAUGGAGGUUUAACAAUAUCAGAAGAGGAAAAAGUAAGAAAUGAGCCCACUCAGCAACGAGCAGCUGUGCUAAUUAAUCUGAUACUUAAAAAAGAUAAUUCUGCCUAUAUAUCAUUCUACAAUGCUCUACUACACGAAGGGUAUAAAGAUCUCGCUGCCCUUCUCCAUGGUGGUAUUCCCGUUGUCUCUUCUAACAAUGGCAAAGAUUCUGGUGGUGGAAUAACUUCAUAUGUAAGGACUGUCCUAUGUGAAGGUGGAGUGCCACAGAGGCCAGUGGUUUUUGUUACUAGGAAGAAGCUGGUGAAUGCAAUUCAGCAGAAGCUCAUGAGACUGAAUGGUGAACCGGGAUGGGUCACCAUAUAUGGAAUGGCAGGUUGUGGGAAGUCUGUGUUAGCAGCAGAAGCUGUUCGAGAUCAUUUCUUCUUAGUCGGUCACUUCCCCAGGGGUGUGCAUUGGGUUUCAAUUGGGAAACAAGACAAAUCUGGCCUCCUGAUGAAACUGCAGAAUCUUUGCUCACGGUUGGAUCAGGAUGAGAGUUUCUCCCAGAGGCUUCCACUUAAUAUUGAAGAGGCUAAAGACCGUCUUCGAAUUCUGAUGUUGCACAAAUACCCAAGGUCUCUGUUGAUCUUGGAUGAUGUUUGGGAUCCUUGGGUGUUAAAAGCUUUUGACAAUCAGUGUCAGAUUCUUCUUACAACCAGAGACAAGAGUGUUACAGAUUCAGUAAUGGGUCCCAAAUAUGUAGUCCCUGUGGAGAGUGGCUUAGGAAAAGAAAAAGGACUUGAAAUUUUAUCACUUUUUGUAAAUAUGAAGAAAUCAGAAUUGCCAGAAGAAGCUCACAGUAUUAUAAAAGAAUGUAGAGGAUCUCCUCUUGUAGUGUCUUUAAUUGGUGCACUUUUGCGUGAUUUUCCCAACCGCUGGGCAUAUUACCUCAGGCAACUUCAGAUAAAGCAAUUUAAGAGAAUAAGGAAAUCUUCAUCUUAUGAUUACGAGGCUCUGGAUGAAGCCAUGUCUAUAAGUGUUGACAUGCUCAGAGAAGACAUCAAAGGUUAUUACACAGAUCUUUCCAUCCUUAAGAAGGAUGUUAAGGUGCCUACAAAGGUGUUAUGUAUUCUCUGGGACAUGGAAACUGAAGAAGUGGAAGACAUACUACAGGAGUUUGUUAAUAAGUCUCUCUUAUUCUGUGAUCGGAAUGGAAAUUCAUUUUGUUACUAUUUACAUGAUCUUCAAAUAGAUUUUCUUACAGAGAAGAAUUGCAACCAGCUUCAGGACCUGCAUAAGAAGUUGAUUACUCAGUUCCAGAGACAUCACCAGCUACAUACUCUUUCACCAGAUCAGGAGGACUGCAUGUAUUGGUAUAAUUUUCUGGCCUAUCACAUGGCCAGUGCCAAAAUGCACAAAGAACUUUGUGCUCUGAUGUUUUCCCUGGAUUGGAUUAAAGCAAAAACAGAACUUGUAGGCCCUGCUCAUCUGAUUCAUGAAUUUGUGGAAUAUAGGCAUAUAUUGGAUGAAAAGGAGUGUGCAGUGUGUGAGAAUUUCCAAGAGUUUUUAUCUUUAAAUGGACAUCUUCUUGGACGACAGCCAUUUCCUAAUAUUGUACAACUGGGUCUCUGUGAACCGGAAACUUCAGAAGUUUAUCAGCAAGCCAAGCUGAGGGCCAAGCAGGAGGUCGAUAACGGAAUGCUUUACCUGGAGUGGAUAAACAAAAAAAACAUCAAGAACCUUUCCCGCUUAGUUGUUCGCCCCCAUACAGAUGCUGUUUACCAUGCUUGCUUUUCUAAGGAUGGUCAAAAGAUAGCCUCUUGUGGAGCUGAUAAAACCUUACAGGUGUUCAAAGCUGAAACAGGAGAGAAACUUCUAGAAAUCCAUGCUCAUGAGGAUGAAGUGCUUUGCUGUGCAUUCUCUUCAGAUGACAGAUUUAUAGCAACCUGCUCAGUGGAUAAAAAAGUGAAGAUUUGGAAUUAUAUGACUGGGGAACUAGUACAUACCUAUGAUGAGCAUUCAGAGCAAGUCAACUGCUGCCACUUCACAAACAACAGUCAUCACCUUCUUUUAGCCACUGGGUCAAAUGACCACUUACUCAAACUCUGGGAUUUGAAUCAAAAACAUUGUCGAAAUACCUUGUUUGGCCAUACAAAUUCAGUCAUUCACUGCAGAUUUUCACCAGAUGAUAAGCUUCUGGCUAGUUGUUCAGCUGAUGGAACAUUAAAGCUUUGGGAUGUGAAAUCAGCAAAUGACAGGAAGAGCAUUAAUAUGAAGCAGUUCUUCCUCAAUUCAGAGGAGCCUCAAGAGGAUAUGGAAGUGAUAGUGAAAUGUUGUUCGUGGUCUUCUGAUGGUGCUUCAAUAAUGGUGGCAGCAAAAAGUAAAAUCUUUCUUUUUGACAUUCAUACGACUGGCCUUUUGGCAGAAAUCUAUAUAGGCCAUUACAGCACCAUCCAGUACUGUGACUUCUCCCCCAGUAACCGUUUGGCAGUGGUGGCUUUAUCCCAGUACUGUGUGGAGUUGUGGAAUAUGGACUCAUGUUUAAAAGUAGCUGAUUGCAGAGGACAUUUAAGUUGGGUUCAUUGUGUGAUGUUUUCUCCUGAUGGAUCAUCAUUUUUGACAUCUUCUGAUGACCAGACAAUCAGGCUCUGGGAGACAAAGAAAGUGUGUGAGAACUCUGCUGUAGUGUUGAAGCAAGAAAUAGAUGCUGUGUUUCAAGAAAAUGAAGUGAUGGUUCUUGGAGUUGACAAUAUAAGACGUCUGCAACUCAUCAGUGGGAAAACAGGUCAGAUUGAUUAUCUGACUGAAGCUCAAGUUAGCUGCUGUUGCUUAAGUCCACAUCUUCAGUACAUUGCAUUUGGAGGGGAAGAUGGAGCCAUUGAGAUUUUAGAGCUCCUAAACAACAGAAUCUUCCAAUCCAGGAGUGGGCACAAGAAAACUGUACGACACAUGCAGUUCACAGCCAAUGGGAAGACUCUUAUUUCAAGCUCUGAUGAUUCUUCAAUUCAGGUAUGGAAUUGGCAGUCAGGGGAAUAUGUUUUCCUGCAAGCCCAUCAGGAAGCAGUGAAAGAUUUCAGGCUCUUGAAAAAUUCAAGACUGCUUUCCUGGUCAUUUGAUGGAACAGUGAAGGUUUGGAAUAUUAUUACUGGAAGAAUAGAAAAAGACUUUGUCUGUCACCAGGAUACGGUACUCUCUUGUGCUGUUUCUUCUGAUGCUACCAAGUUUUCGUCUACCUCUACUGACAAGACUGCAAAGGUUUGGAGUUUUGAACUCCCUUCCCCUCUUCACGAAUUGAAGGGCCACAAAGGCUGUGUGCGCUGCUCUGUCUUCUCUGUGGACAGCACCCUGUUGGCAACUGGAGAUGACAAUGGAGAAAUCAGGAUAUGGAGAGUCUCAGACGGUGAGCUGCUUCAUUUGUGUGCUCCGGUCUCAGUAGAAGGAGGAGCUGCUACCCAUGGAGGCUGGGUGACAGACCUUUGUUUUUCUCCAGAUAGCAAAAUGCUUGUCUCUGCUGGAGGCUAUCUUAAGUGGUGGAAUGUUGUCACUGGGGAAUCCUCACAGACCUUCUACACAAAUGGAACCAAUCUUAAGAAAAUACAUGUGUCCUCUGACUUCAAAACAUAUGUGACUGUUGAUAAUCUUGGUAUUUUAUAUAUUUUACAGAUUUUAGAGUAAAAUUGCUAAGCAUUAUUUUAGGUUGAACUCUUUAAUUUUGAAUUGAAAAAAAAUCUAGUGAAACUCUGUAUUUCAACUUUCUAUAAAGCUGUGAAUUGUUUUGGAGUAUUGCAUUCAUUACAAAAGUGUUUGUGGUUGGAUGGAUAAUAUUAAUGUAGCUUUUUCCCAAAUGAACACACUUUUAAUCUUGUUUUUCAUAAUCAUCAUCAUUAUUAUUAACAGUUUGUCCUUAAGAUGCAAAUGAAAUGUAAAUAUGUACCCUGUUAUACUGUUGGUAUAAUUCUCUCAUGAUACAUUCAAAUUGUUUGACAUAAUUAAUGAGAAUAAUUCAAAGGAAAUAUGUAUUUUAAUACUGUCAUUUUGCAGGCUGUGCCUCAGGGUAGCAAUGGUCUGCUUUCUGAACCAUACUUACCCCAGGUGGGGGGGUAUAGUCCUCCUAAAAUGUGGUCUUGGAGCUUAUUUGCACCCCUUAAAUUUGCUUUAAAAAUAUUGUGCCUCUCUGUGCAGAGUUUGCAGUGUUCAAUUCAUUUGUUAAGUGAGUCUUGAAUUCCAGUAGUUCUUUCUGUGAAGCAAAAAGUAUGUUGUGUUGGGGGGAGUUGCUGUAUUGGUCUAGCUUUUUCUUACUAGCUAAUGGUUUGCCAGCCUCUGAGUUGAGCACUAUCCUGCUUUGUCUUGAUUUUUUUUACAUACCAGACCUUUUACUUGACUGGGCUUGACCUUUCUUAAUUCUCACACUCUUCUUUUUUUAUAAACAAUCACUCCACACUUAAAUGUUUGUAAAUCAGAAUAAUUGGGGAGGAGCCAAUUGUCUUCAUAACUUUUAACAACAGAAUCUAAGAUAUAUAAAGUAGAAAAAAAAAUUCUCUUCUAAUUCCAUUUACUUUUAGAUGAAUGGCAUCAUCAGUGCUAUUCUCUUAGUGAAUUUCAAGAUAAUUCUCUGUGUUUUCAGUGCAGCACCAGAUGAGUCCUCAUGACUCUGGAGGGUAUCCUUUAACCUUCCGCCAGCCUUUCUUCCUUUCUUCUUUCCCUUUCUGUCCCUUCUCUCCUUUUCCCUCCCUCCAAGAUUAAUCAGGAAAGAUAGCUUUUGACAGGGGCAAAAGCACAUCAGCAUCAAUAACUAGCUUUUUUGACCUCUUGAUUAAGGACUUCAAUUGAAACUUAAACCUUAACAUUUACCCGAAAUAUAUUGUUAAGGGACAUGGCAAUAAAUUAAUAUAGAUGUGGUUGUUAUGUUUAAAAAAACCCAAGUUCAAAAAUUUUUGCUGCUGCAGUAGGUACUAAAUCAAAUGAGUAUUGGUGCUAACAGUAGGCAAGCAAUGAGCCAGUUUCUAUUGUUGGUGCCUACUAGUAGAUGUGGGGUGAUGGUGGGGAAUAGACCACUCCAUGUGGAUUUUAGAUUUGAUGUUCCUAUUUAGCAUUUGAGGGAACCAUAAAUAGAAUGAAUAAAAUAUUUUAUGUUGUUAAGGAGGGUUUUUUGUUUUUUAUGUUCAGUUGAGAAAUGGUUUACAAGCUUACUGUGAUUUAAGCAAAUGUGAUAUGAAAAUCUUAAUUUUAUAAAAAGAAACUUCUGUGAGUGGUAUGUUCUGCUUAGAAUAUCCAAGUUGUGAGUUGAUUUUGCUUACAAUGUUUAGGAGCUUAUAGCUUGGAGUAUAAAGUAUUAACUUUUGCAAUUAAAAGCCACUUGUAUAACAAAAUUGGCUUUGAAAAAGCCUUGAGAGGCCCUUGUCUUAAAAAUAAAUUAAAAAGGAAAAUGGGAAGAAAGACAAGGUAACAUGAGGAAAGAGGAGAAGCCUAGUAUGACAAAUAUGCGGAUUUCUUAGCAGCUCAGGGGGGCAGUCAGGGGGAGGGUUUGGAUUUGUACUUGUAGAUGAGCAUUUUUUGAGCAUUUCCCCGUGCUGUAUUUUUUUGGAUUGGAAAUUACAUUGUAUUUUGUAUAUCUAAAGAUUUUUUUUUACAUUGUAUGUGUCUUGCAUGUUUUGAAAACUGGUAGUUUUGUAUUUGUGAUACAGCAUAAACAGUUUUUUUUUGCCUUGGUAUACGUUUGAAUACAGGAAUUUAAAACUUUUAUAAAAAUAAAAUUCCUAAAAUAUUUUUGAAAGACAUUUUCAAAUUGUUUCAGACUCCUUG